UCAGUUCUGGCUGGCCUGGGGGCAUGGGUGACCCAGGAGCCAGACACCCUGGCUCUGAGCCCAGAAACCCAUGUCGCCAAUGAGAUUAAGAGCGAGGAUUGGAGCCUGGGGACGACCCCGCCUCUCUUCCCUAUGGAGCCGAGGCGGAAGGUAAACGAAGAAGCCGGAGAAGAGGCAGCUGAUGGCGGAGGCUCCUGCGCCUGAAGGGAGCCAGUCCUGAGGACCACAGAGCUCCAGCGAUGUCGGUGGCCCCGCUGCUGCCCACUGAUGUGACGGUGACCCGCCUCUCCCACUCCACCUGCCUGUACAGCCGGACCGAUCUGCCAGGACUACCCAGCUCCCCAGGCCCGCGUCCGCUGCUCCUGCUCCUGCCCUGGCUGGGGGCAAGGCCGGCAGCCCAGGCCAAGUACCUGGAGUUGUAUCUGCCACGCGGCUUCGACGUGCUGGUCGCCGAGAGCGCGCUAGGCCACUUCCUGUGCCCGCGCCGGGGCCUGGGCCACGCGGCCAGGCUGCUGGCGCUGCUGCAGGUCCCGGGGACAAUGGCUGGUCGCCCGCUGGUGGUGCACGCCCUGUCCCUGGGGGGCUACACCUUCGCUCAGAUGCUGCUGCUCAUGAGCCGAGACCUGGGGCGCUACAGCAGCGUGGUGCAGCAGCUUCGGGGCCACAUCUUUGACAGCCUGGUGGUGGGCAGCCUGGAGCGAAUGGCGUUGGGUGUCUCUCAGCUGAUGGGUCCUCGUGCCCUGAGCUCCGCUGUCAGGGCCACGGCCCUGCUCUACUUCCGCCUGUGUCCCGGCUGCACCGUCCGGCAGUACGAGGCGGCCCUGGGGGCUUUCUGGCAGCCACCCGUGAGGCCCCCCACGCUCGUCUUCUACAGCCACGACGACCCCCUCAGUGACACCGCCCGCCUGCAGGAGCUGUUGGCUAGUUGGCGGCAGGCGGGCAUGCCUGUGUGGGCCCAGGCCUGGGAGGCCUCCCACCAUGCUGCCCACCUGCGCCAGCACCCCCGGGAAUACCAAGAGGCCCUCACCACCUUCCUGGGGAGACUGGGCCUGGCCCUUCCCCCAGCCCGGCUCUGAUGGGGCCUGGGCCCGUGGCCCACUGGAUGGGGACAAGAAAGACAGUAGAGCAGCAUUGGGACCAGCUUGAUUUAUUCAGAUUCAAUAUACAACGAUGCCAACAGGA